AUGGUCCUAAUAUUAGUGGCUAUCUCAAUAAAGGCUUUAAAUGAUUUUGGCACAAUCUAUUUAACAUACAAUGAGUCAACCACUCUUAGACUUCACGAUUAUUUCUCACAAAAUGAAAUAGAUUUCUAUAUAUCAAAUACGAAUGCGACAGAAAAAGAUAUUAUUUUAAAGCACAAAUCAAGUCUGGACUUAAUUUCAUACAUUUCCACUCCUCUAGGCUCAUUCGAAGAUAAUUCUACUCAAUUUAGCCAGCAGUUCCCAUAUUUUGAGCUUUCAGAAGGGAUCAUCUUCUUUAGGCAUGAUGAUAAUUAUCUUUUUUCUUAUAGGUUUUCCAAAAAUAGCCAAAAAAUAGAAAAAUUAUGAUCAAUGCAAGUUGUGAAUGGCACAAUUUCUCAAGUUAUAGCUUUUUAUAUUCUUAGUACUCCAUAUUUGCUUAUAUCAUCCAGAUUUUGCACUAAUAGCGCUUGAGAUUUGUGAGAAAGUGAAUUAUACAUUCUUGAGCUGAUAGAUUUUAUUAAUCCUGGAUUUCUCGUCAAGCUUGAUAUUUGAGAUAUAAAAUACUUGUCAGAUUUUAAAAUUUUUGCAGGUAAAGACAAUUUAAAUUGUUUUAUUAUCUCUGGAAAGUUUAAUAGUGGAAAACAAUCUUUGUUCUUUUAUAAAGCUUUAUUUUCGAAUGAAAUAAACUUUUAUUUAGUUCAGUCAUUUGAUUAUUAUAUAGGCUUAGCUGAGUUUGAAAGCAAUGAUUUAAAUGCUAUUCAAGGAAUUCCUACAAUAAAUCAGUUUUUAAUAUUAGACUCAAAAUUAGGCCUAUUUAUUUAUGAUUCUUUCCAUAGAGCAGGUUUAAGCUUUAGAGGCUAUCUUGAUCUAAGAAAAUAUGGCAAUUUAUAUAGCUUAUCUUUUAUACUAGACCUUCAGUUAUACAUAAUUGGAUCAGACGCUGGAGCAAUUUUAAUUUCCUCUAAGCUUUAUCAUAAUGAAUAUUCUUUGAUCACAAUUUAUGAUGUGAUUGGAAAACUUGUGCCAACAAUUAAUGCAGACAAGUAUGGCAGUUUGUGUUUUCUCCAAAUAGAGUUGGAAGAAUCUCGCCAUUUACUUGUUUUUGAAUUGGCAGGCUCUGAAUCAGCCCCUCCACAGUUUUUAGGGAAUUUCAACUUAAAAAAGAUAGUUGGGAAUGAUUUUAAUAGGAAAGGAAUGUGGAUGCUAUUACAAAUAGAAGGCAAAACAGUUUACAUUAGACAUGAUUUUGAUGGAAUUAGAAUAUUUGCUUUAAAUUUGGAAGAUUGAACUUUAAAAUUAUGAGGAAAUAACUCUGUUUAUGCUGAGAUUAUUGGGAAAUCUAAUAAUUCUAAGAAAAAGAUUGUUAAAAAAUCACUUAACGUUAUUUCAAUUCCAUUAGGAUCAUAUGAAAUUUACCCCUUAAACGCAGCUGUACACAAUAGACCAAUAGAUUUAUACUUGGGGGAGAGCAAAUCAUUCCUUUCGCUUGCUCAGCAAGUUUACCUCUCAGGACCCAACCUAACAUAUGAAAUAAAGAGCACUGACUUUUCGGAACUUUUUAAUGUCAGUCUAAUAACACCCAAAUCUGAGCAAACUGAAAUACUAUUCCCAGAAAAUACUAAAAAAAUCUCGUUAUCUUAUUCCAAGAUUGCCUAUUCUUCUCGAAAUACCAUUAAAUUUAACGAACCAUCCGAUAUCCAAGAUUUGAUUCUGCCAGAUUCGUUAAAUGUUCUAAAUAUCAUAUGAACUUUAAACUUCAAUAACUAUAUCAUACUUGAAGUUGAAGAAAACUUACAUUACACAAUCAUGGUAUAUAUAAUAGAUAUAUAUGGGAAUAAGCCUUUAUUUUCAAAAAUUCACUCGAAUAUUGAUUGCUUAUUUUUCAAAUCUUAUUCUGUUCAUGGCAUUGAAGUCUUUGCAUGCGCUGAUCAUGAAAAUAUUGAUGUAUAUUUAAUUAAUCUGACGAUUGAGAAAUGUUUAUCAUUGGACAGAGAACGUCUAAAGUUUGAUGGAAAGUUUUGAAUAACUGGAUUAGAAAUUUUUGCUCGUCAGAUAUUGCUACCCCAAAAAACAUUUGAUAUCGAAAUUUUAAUAUAUGUUGCCUUUAUCAAUGAAAUUUCUCUUAUUAAAAUUAGAUUAGACAGAUUUAAAGGAUUUAUAAACAUUGAUUAUAAAUUUGCUGACCUUCAAAAUGAAAUCAUUGAUCUUUCUAUUACGUUUGACCAUAUUGCCUUACUUUUUGCUGACUGCAAAGUUGGUAUAUAUGACAGGAACUUAUCAAUAGUAAAAACUCUUGGGCCUCAUUAUAAAGGAAAAGCCAAAGGAAUUCUGGCUAUAGACUUGAUUAUAUUUAUACAAGCUGAUAAUGAAAUCCUUGUUUAUGACUGAGGUUUCUUAGCUCAUGAUGCACUAAAAUAUUCAUUUUUAAUAGGCAGUUCUUGCAGGCUGGCUAAUGAAUUACAAAAAGAAUUGUCAUUUUCAAACACGGAAAUUCCUAUUCUUUGCAAAACAAGUGAAAAGUUUGCUUUAGAAUGAUAUACACUUCAAUGCUAUAGUCAAUAUUUAUCCUUGCAUCGAUGCUUUAAUUUUGGUCUCAUAGAAUUAAAAUCGAUGCAAGAAUUGACAAAGAAUUUUGUAAAAGAAGGCAAAAUAUCAAUUUUAGCCCAAAAUUCUGUAUAUCACUCUACAAUAGAAAUAAAGGUAAAUUUGCAUAUAAAUGGAGAUAAAAUCUGAGUGGAUGAAGCCAAAUUCCCAUCUAAAUUGAAUGUCCCAUAUAGCAGAGAUAAAAUGAUUGAUUUAAACAGCAUUGUCCAUGGGAACAAUACCUAUAUAUGUACGAAAAUAAAUGGUUUAAUGUAUGAAGACAUAAACCUUGCCUAUUCCCCAAUUCUUCUCCAUAGAAAUUUUAAUGAAAUUCUAUCAUUGCCAUUAGGAAAAAAUAAAUUCAGCUCUGGACACUUUUAUGCGAAAGCUGCAAACAAACUACUUCUUUUAACAGAAUUAAAUUCAGAACUUAUUAUUUUAAAUUUUAAUUAUGAAAACUCUACAAUAGAUGCACAGUUAGCCUUAAAGGAAUUGAUCAACAAUACCAGUAUAAGGUGUUUAAGCAUUAAUGCAAUUGACUUUGAUGAUAAUAAUAUUUUGAUAUUUAUCAUUUGCGUUUGUGGGAAUGAGAAUGAAGUGCUUUGGAAUGAAAAAAUAAAUCGCUUCUACCAAAAAGAUAGAGCGCUAAUACUUAUAGUUGAGUAUGAUUAUCUGAGAAAGCAAGUUCUGAAAUCAAAGUAUGUCCCUCUGUUUUCAUCAAAUUACGAUUUGAAAUCUGUCAAACUAAGUAAUCAGAGAUUUGAAAUCUUUCUAUUUGAAAAUUAUAAAGCUGCUGCACAAUCUUGAAUUAAUAAGCAUAUCAUUAGAUUUGAAGGUAGCAGGAGUAAAAGUACAAUUGAGAUUAGCAAGAAAGAGGAAAUUAGUCUUUUAUCACUUGGGCUUGACUCAUUUUUAGUAGAAUCAGCUGAUAUAGUAUUAUCAAGAUUUGGCCAAAUAUUACUAUAUGCUAUAGAUUCAAUGUAUGGAUUAAGAAUCAUUAGGAUACAAGAAAAUGGCCCAGCUGAAAUUGUAGGUGGCAUAGCUCAUCAAAGUCCAAAUUAUUUCAAAUAUGCAUGCUCUUCUAGAAACCUCCUCUAUAUUAUAACUGAGAAAAUGGAAUUAUUAGAAUAUAUUAUUGAUGAUUUCCAAACGCCAGCCCUUUCACGAGUAUUUUAUUCAGAUUCAAAUAGGGUGUGGGAGAUUUUAUCGAUCAAAUUAAUUCCUUAUCAAGUGAGCAGCUAUAUUAUUGCUUUAUUCAAAAAAUAUGGUAAAGGUAUUAAUUUAAGAAUUUGAAAUGAGUAUGACUGAUAUGAUUUACUAAUUGAAGACGCCUUAGAUGUAUUUGCUUUUGAAAGCGAUCUAGGCGAGAAGAAUAUGCUUUCUUUUAUAAAUAUUCACACUUCAACGUUCAGGCUAAUCUCUUUGGGUAAAUGAUAUAUUGAUAUUCCAAUAUAUGGGCAAAAAAGAGGUGAAAAAAUUGAGAAAAUAUGAGGCACAGAUGAGUUUAGAAUACAAUUUUAUGCAAAUAAUACUUAUAGCAAUGCUAGCUCUUCAGUAAUGGUUCUGAAAAGAGGACAUGCUCAAUCAAAUAACUCACCUCCUUGAUGGUUGUGGAUUUUCAUGUUCGCUGCAGCUGCAAUUAUUUUAUUCAUAAUUGGUCAUUGUGUAUGCUAUAUGAGAAAUAGGAAAAAUAAAAGAGACUAUGAAUUGAUUAAUGAAGGAUUGAUGCUAAAAGAAAUUAAUCAGGUAUCUUAA